ACAACACAAGCUAACACAUUUCCUUUUUUGUUCCAUGUAGAAAAUAUUUUUGAUACAUAUACAACCUCACCCCAAUUUCAACCCUUCUCUUUCUCUCUCCUCUCUCCUCUCUCCAGAGCCAAACCCUAAAAGACUUGUUUACCCACACCGCACAGUUACAAUGGAUGAUGAUGGAUUGAAUAUGCGAAAUUGGGGAUAUUAUGAGCCUCCUUCAUUCAAGGAACAUCUUGGGCUGCAACUGAUGUCUCCAAUGGUGGAUCAUAGGGACCCGAAACCGUUUCUUUCGGCACGAGAAAACCCGAUUAUGGUUAACCCGAAUGUAUCGACUUACCACCAUCCUCACACCCGGGUGGUCUCCGAGCCGCCUGGACCGAUGAACUAUAUGCGAGACGGUUGGAUACAAAGAGAAAGACUCCUUCAUAUGUCGCACCCGAUCCACAUGGUGCCACCGCUUGAUAUGUGUAAAGAUCCUGUGUUGAAUAAUAAUAAUAAUAUGAGUGUAGAGGACAAUGUGGUUGUUAGUAAAGACAUUGGCGGUAGUGGCGACGGGGAUGGUGGCGGAGAUUGCGGUGGAAUCAAUGGCGGAAAUGAUGGUGGUCCUGUUAAGAAAAGAGGAUCAACAACCGCCACCCCGAAAAGUUCGAGAUCGAAGAAACAGAAGAAAAACCCUUCGACGCCAAAAGACCGUGCGAAAACAAUCAAAAGGGGUGUCGACGUUGUGAUUAACGGGAUCGAUAUGGACAUUUCCGGAAUCCCGAUUCCUGUUUGCACGUGUACAGGGUCUCCACAACAAUGUUACCGAUGGGGGUUCGGUGGUUGGCAGUCGGCGUGUUGCACCACCACAAUAUCAAUGUACCCACUUCCGAUGAGUACUAAACGUCGCGGCGCGAGAAUUGCAGGACGGAAGAUGAGUCAGGGUGCUUUCAAGAAGGUUCUAGAGAAACUAGCAUCUGAAGGAUACAAUUUUGCUAAUGCAAUUGAUUUGAGAACUUACUGGGCUAAACAUGGUACCAACAAGUUUGUCACCAUCAGGUAGAUUUAAGGUAAUCAAGGACCGUGUCCGGUCUGUUGUCGGGUCCUAUGUAACUAGUCAACGAAUUUAACCGUAGGUUAUGAACUCUGUUUUUUUUUUUU